CAAUGAGGUGUCUCCAUGGUGAUGUCAUGGAGGCAGCAUCGAUGCUGUUGCUGAUGCUGUUGCCCGGCGCCUGCAUCCUUGCAGCCAGACGUGGUAACCGUAGUCACUGGUUCACCAUCAGCAGCGGAGAAGACGCCGUACAGAGGGGGCUCUCUGACAGAGUGAGGAGGAUCUUCAGCAUCCCUGGAGAGUUACAUUUGCAGUGAGACCAUGACUCUGGCAGCCUAUAAAGAGAAGGUCAAAGAGCUCCCCCUGGUGUCUCUGUUCUGCUCAUGCCUGAACCCACGCACUGCAGAAAACCUGACCUACAAGGCAGAAGAUGCAGUGGACCUGGCCUGGUGCGUCAUCAAAGAUGUAGAAGUUAUCGAGCUGAACAAACGUGCAUCGGGCCAGGCCUUCGAGGUCAUCCUCAAGCCCCCGUCUUUUGACGGCUUGCCAGAACUCAAUGCCUCCAUGCCGCAGCGCCGCGACCCAUCCCUGGAGGAGAUCCAGAAGAAGUUGGAGGCAGCUGAAGAGAGGCGAAAGUGCCAGGAGGCGGAGCUGCUGAAGCACCUGGCGGAGAAGAGAGAGCACGAGCGCGAGGUGAUCCAGAAAGCUUUUGAGGAGAACAACAACUUCAUCAAGAACGCCAAGGAGAAGCUGGAGCAGAAGAUGGAGGCCAACAAGGAGAACAGGGAGGCUCUGCUGGCGGCCAUGCUGGAAAGGCUGCAGGAGAAGGACAAACAUGCAGAGGAAGUGAGGAAGAACAAGGAGAUGAAGGAGGAGGCCUGCCGGUAGACGAAUGGCACGAGGGAACCGAAAAAGCGAGGAAAAAAAUAAAAGGGGAGAAAAACAGCGCAUUAAAAAAAGAACUCAACAGCAACUCAAAUAAGGGGCAGAUGUGGGUUUUCAUAUUUGAUGUAUGCUGCAAUGAUUCUGAACAAGCUGUACAAAGUUUAGCCACUCUUGAUGUUAAAAUUUCUCUUUUUUUCUAAAGGAACGUGGGGAGGGUGGGGGAGGGACGUCAGCACUAAUGUUUUUUAAAGAGCGACAGCCAUCCAAUCAUGACUAAGAAAAAAAAAAGAAUUACAGCUCCUGUUUUCUGUGUUCAGCAUCAGAAGAUGAUUUUAGUGAAGCUGUGUUUUUCUUGGCAGCGGCACAGCUAGAGACACAGUUUCUCUCCAAUUAGACUAAGUAUAUGAGCAUUACCUCAUAAAACCUGAAAAUCAGUGAUGUGCUUUAUUCAAACUGGACCCAGUGAUGUUGUUUCAGAGCCUCACUCAGCCAUAACCAACUCCACUCUACUGAAAACCAGGAUUCAUUAUAUACACAGGACCAGCUUUAAAUAUGAAAACACAAAGUGAUCUCCCUGCAGGUCCACAUGCUUCUCACUGUUUCUUUCACUCCGUCUGUGAAUCUCAGUAAUGCUUUAUGAAUAUGAAACAAAUAACCAGGUUUCUUUCCACAGUGCUCUGGGUGGGGGGUGGGGGGGCGGAUAGGCAGCUUUGCUGUGUUCUGCAUUGGUCGGGCUCUCUGUGAAACUUUAGCUGUAGUGUAGUCGUAGAUCAGUGACAUGCAUUUGAGUCUCUUAGAGCACUGAUUGCACUCUUAUUUCAUUAAGCACAACUCAAAGCACACAGCGGACAUAUACAGUAAAAACAUUGACAUUACAAGGAGGUGAAGCGGUGACUGACUGCAAGUCUGGACGCAUUUUUGGCUUCGAUGGGUCGAUUCGUGAGGGCUGAUCUGACCGACUUGCUUUGGCUGGUGUUUAUGAUUGUUUAUGAUUUCAAUUCAAACCUAAAAGAUUAAAAGGAGGAUCAAAUGUGCUCACGUGGUUUGGUCAUGCUGAUUUGAUUGAAGUGUCUCAAAUGUUUGCGCUGUAACGGGGGAGUCGUGACAUGGGCUUUGUACUUGCUGUAACUGUGUGUUGCUGUAUAUCUUCAAGGCUGGGUUGAUUGUACCUAUUUGGCAUGGUCAAUAAAAGCAGCUUGGCUGAACUCAAACUUU